UCGUUCUUGAUAUGAGAAACGUAAACACUGUUUUUGGGGGGAGUUUUUUUUCUUCCAUUCGCAGACGUUUACUUGGCCAAAGUUAAGGAACUUUCUAAUAGCAUCAGCCACAUUCGGCUGCAUUAUUAAAUCGAUCGCUUCAACAGGGUCUUAGUCGAGAGGUUUUGUUAGUUAUGUUUUGUAAAGUUAGAGUGGGUUUGGCCACGGCGGCUUCAGUCAGGUUCCCCAGUUGUAUAAAUCCGACAGUGAAACUGGUGACGCCUGGGUUCUGUAGACACCAGCGGAGGAACCUCAACUCCGAAUCUGCAGGUGUCAGGGUGUUGUACGAUGGGUUGUGUCCCAUCUGCAUGACAGAGAUCCGCUUCCUCCAGUUCCUGCAAAGAAACCAACCGGGGAAAGUUCAUUUUAUUGACAUCUCUAACCCAGGCUACGACGGGGCAAAAUACAAUGAUGUCACCUAUGAGAUGGCCAUGGAGGAGAUGACUGUAAUCGAUGAGAAAGACGAGGUGCAUCGCGGCGUUUCAGCGUUUGCAGUGAUGUAUGGCGCCGUUGGACUCGGCUGGUUGGGCCGCUUUAUGAUGUGGUCACCGGUGAGGCCGUUUAUGGAUAAGUCAUACGCCAUCUUUGCAAGGAAUCGACUUAAGUGGACUGGACGGGCAGAGAAUUGCACAACAGGACGCUGUGAAAAGAAAUCAGUUGACUCCUCCUGACUUCCUUCAUGAAUAAAAUUAACAACUGUAUAUUUAUUGAUAUGAAUAUGUUGCAUAUUGUGCUGCAGGAAAAUCUUAUUAAAAUACUUCAAUGUAAGUGUGGUAAAAACUUUAUGCUUUUUCAUACAUAUACAGUACAGACCAAAAAAGUUCAUAUUGAGUGACACUAUUUUCUGUUCAACUUGUAUUCCUGGAACAAAUACGUUGGUAGAAAACAACAAGAAAAAAACAUUUAAGCAGCAAAAAAUGCCGGAUCAGUCAAAACAAUCCAAUAGAAUGUGAUGCCAUUUCCGUCAAAUUUUCUAUAUUAGCUUAUAGUGGAAAUAAGUUACAUUAAUAAGUUGGUACACUUUCAUCGUUUGCAAUUUAAAAAUUCACACUAACAAUAGUAAAAAAGGAAAGGGUUUGAAAUUGCAUAAUAGUGUGACAUUUGUUUUACAAACUAUCUUUGUCUAUUAAAACUAUUUUCGUUAUAUUGGAUUUGCAUAAACAUGACCGAGUGAGCGCUCUUUGCAGCAAACUGUCUUUGACAUAUAAUUCUCCGGUAACCUUGUCAACACAAAUAUAGGCAUUUAAGAGAAAGUAAGCAACUUAUGAAUACUCUGAAUGUACUUUAUACGCGUUGUGCUUUGGAAAACCUUCAUCUUUAUUUUCCAGGAAUGACGACAUGACUUCAUGACUUAGCUUCAUUUUAUGACAAUUGACUGAACUGGUCCAAAACUCCAGCAGUCCACAAACAGAACCGCUCCCACCCAAAGUCUGAAUCAACACAAUACAACAAAUUUUUUUCAUGCAAUUGCCACAGGUUGCAGUUGGUUAUGUUGCAACAGAGAAGAGGUGUCCACAACAAGUCUGGGAGCUGCAUACCACAUUGAGUCAAGAAUGGGUCACCCAUUUUGCCCUGUGUUAUGCUCAGGUGUCGCUAAGAGGACUUUAAUAUCAUGCAGGAAUAUGUACACAAUGAUCUGCCUCAAAAGAGACCAAUCCCUUUUUAGACUGGCACUUUGUCCAAACUCAUUCAGGCUUUAUACAUUUACUAGCAGUGCAAAGCUCUUUACAAGUAAUGCUUCAAUCUUCUUUAAAGAAAUUGUUAGGGAAGUAAGACAUCUCCGUUGUCUGUGUUUUUAUUCAUUUACUAAUAAGGAGGCAUUUAAAACCAAAGCUCCGGUUGGGAUUUUUAAUGCACCCGUGCUGAAAAGUCCUCCACUGUCCAGACACUUUAACAUUUACCUUAAAAGGAGCCAUGUUGUUGGGUUUGCUGAAAAUGGCAGUUUUAUUGUAAGAAUUCCUGAAUAUCAGUACCAGUCACAAAAGCGCAGGUUUAGUCACUGGUCAGCUGCAAAUCCAAAAAGACCGGGAGGCAGCAGCCCAGCACAGUCUUCGAAAUCCAAAGAGAAACAGAAAGAACCAGAGACUGUUGCCUCCAGUGAUGACAAGUCUGAACUGGAUUUAUUUCACAUCAGCUCUUUGGCUACCGUAUUUGGGGAGACCUUCAGUUAUGUUGCCAAACAUAUCAACUCAGCAUUCUCUUUGGAUGACACAGGUCAAAAGAACGACCUAUCAUCUGUCAGAGGAAUGCCCCGGAGGGUGAAGAAAAAGAAAAAAGUUCCAGACUCUGGUGAAAAGCCUCAAGUUAAACAACAUAAACAAGAGACAACAAUGGAACACAAACAUGACUCCAACACCUCUGAGGAAUCAUUCCCUCACACUGCGGGACACAUCAAUAAAUACUAUGGCGCCAACGAUGAUGAAGAUGAAGCUCCCAGUGACAAAGAACUUCCUGUCUCAACAAAAUCUACCUCAGAAGAUGCUAGCUUGAAUGACAGCUAUUCUCAGACAUCAACUCAUAUCAAUCAGUAUUUUAGAUCGCAAAGUGACCUUAAUACAACAGACAAAACAAAGACAGACCUGGCAUCCUUACAGAAAACAUCUUUGAUGGACGUCUUUCGCCGUCCCACUGCUGCUGCUUCAAGUUUCCUGAGGUCGAUUCUUCAGGAGCCUGAAGUCAAACCUGCUGUGGCUUCACCGGAGAUCAUAAUAAAUAAUAGGUGUGUCUUGACCCGCAGACAAGCAGAGGAGACCACACUUAGGUUAAUAUUGAGACUAGGACAAGCCUCAACUCCAGACGUUAUGGCCGCCCGCAUAGAAGUACUCAAUGAACACCUUAUCCGCUUCCCAGCAUGCAAGUCUUUUAUCUGGCAGGGGAAUUCUAUAGUCAACCUGUUGAGACUGCGGCGAACUUACAAACACCAUCAAGGACUGCAGGCCGCUAUAAGAGAAGCCUUUGCUCUGAUUGGUUAUGUGGAUCCAGUAGGAGGUCGUGGCAUCAGAGUUCUCUCCAUUGAUGGUGGAGGUACAAGAGGUGUUGUACCUCUCCAGUUACUAAAGAUACUAGAAGACGAGACCGGCAGAAAGAUUUACCAGCUGUUUGACUACAUCUGUGGAGUGAGCACAGGAGCCAUCUUAGCUUUCAUGUUGGGGCUGGCCCGUGUUUCUCUGGACGAUUGUACUGAAAUGUACCGUCAAAUUGGAACCGAGGUUUUCAAGCAAAACCCGCUGGUUGGCACCGUGAACAUGGGAUGGAGUCAUUCCUACUAUGAUACCGCAACCUGGGAGAAAAUACUACAGGAUACGCUGGGUAAUGAGCUGCUAAUUAAAUCAUCCAGAAACAAGUCCACUCCAAAGGUUUCAGCUAUCAGUGCAGUUGUGAACUGGGGCACAGGCCCUAAGGCCUUUGUGUUUCGCAACUACAGCCACAAACCAGGCUGCCCAAGUCGCUUUUCAGGAGGGUCAACCUACAAGAUGUGGGAGGCAGUGCGAGCAUCGUCAGCCGCACCUGGAUACUUCCAGGAGUUUCUUUUGCAGAAUGACAUCCACCAGGACGGAGGAAUCAUCAUGAACAAUCCCUGCACCUUGGCGGUCCACGAGAGCCGGUUAAUGUGGCCCAACACACCCUUUCAGUGCGUGCUGUCCCUUGGCACUGGACGCUAUGACGAUGUCACGAGGAGCUCUUCCACCUUCACGAGCCUUCGAACCAAUAUCAAUAACCUGAUCUUCAGCGCCACUGACACUGAAGGGGUCCACACCCUCUUGUGCGAUUUGCUGCCCCCAGAUGUCUACUUCCGCUUCAACCCCAUGAUGAAUGCUGAUGUGUCCUUGGAUGAGAAUCAUCCUGAGACACUGGAUAAGCUUGUGAGAGAUACCCAGGAGUACCUGGACACAAAUCGGUCCAAAGUGGCUAAGCUGUGUUUAGUUCUAAGCACACAGCGCUCAUCUGUGGACCAAGCCAAGGACUGGAUUUGUCAGAGAACUUGGGAAAUAAAGAAGACGCUGAUGUGAUUUGGUGAGCUGCAGCUUUUCUACAUGUCAGUUUGUGCAUUGCUCUGAAGCACAUUUACAAAUGCUACAGGAAAAUAGCAAAAGAAUGUAUGGAAUAAAUAAAAAGAAUAAAUACAAAAGA